UCACGAGCAAAAGAAAUGAAUAAACCAUUGCAUCAUUUCGUAAAGAAAUAUUUUCUAAUCGCAAUGCUACUAUUUUGUAAUGUUCGUUAUUUAAUUAUGAGAAAGACACAUAAUUGAUGAAGUUCUUGCGUCGAUACGUCUGUGGACAUUUCGCUUUGUUUCUUAUCAGCCAUGCUAAUUCGUAUCGCAAUUAAUCCUUUUGCACGCAGCUGUUCAUGAUACGGCCACCUUUGUAGCGGAUUCUAUUCCACUGAUGACCGUUUAACGUGCCUAAUUUCUACUUUAUGCAAAACAGUAUUGGCGCGACGAUAUGAGCCACGGGCUGGUGACGUUUACGAAAUAAGAAUCCCGUGUAGUACCAGCGAGCAGCUGCGAAGGGAACGAAAGCGAUUACGUAUAAAACGCGAGCUAUGACGGCAGGUAUAUAAGCUUUGCUUUAAAGCGACAUGAUCAGUCGAUAGCACUCGUUGGUCUACAAAGUACCAACAUGGCGAAAAGCUUGUGCCUCUGGCUUGCUCUAGCCAUGGUUUGCGCGUGGCUCUCCCUGACCACCGCUAGGGAGAUAAGGAACGAAAUGGACCUAGAGAUGGCGGCUAGUCAUCAUCACGGGCAUCAUCACGAGGAGGGCGGCGGUCAUCAUCACCAUAGUCACCACGAGGACGAUCAUGGGGAAAAGGGUGAGAAGGGUUACAAACACCAUCACCAUCACGACAAAGGCGACCACGGCCAUUAUGGAAAGGAACACGACGAAGGACAUCACGAAGAACACGGUGGACACAAGAAGGGCCACCAUGACGAGCACGAGGAACAUGGUCACCACCAUGAACACGAGAAAGGCCAUAAGGGCGAGAAGCAUGGACACAAGAAGGGACACAAAAAAGGCGAGAAGACCCAUGGUUAUCAUCACAAAGCUCAUAAGGAUGAAUACCACAAGGAACACAAGUUCUACGACGACUACCACAAAGGUGGACAUCACGAGAAACAUGGCAAUCACCAUGGACACCACGAGAGCAAGGAUGGGCAUCACAAGAAGGGUGGCCAUCAUCAUUCUGGUCAUCACGAGGACCAUCAUGGAAAGAAGGGUCACUCUGAUAAAGGACAUUACGACGACGAUCACAAGGGUUAUCAUGGUAAACAUGGACACGACGAGCAUCAUUCGCACUAUGAAGAUUAUGGUAAAAAGGGUGAACAUCAUGAAGGAAAGAAGCAUGGUUAUUCGAGCGGUGGUGGCGGCGGUGGAGGCCAUGGUGGCGGUGGUGGCCAUCAUCAUCAUCAUUGA